GGCCGAGGGGCGCGCCGGGCGGACUCCGUUUCCCGGCGUGCUCCUGGCGGCCCCAGGGCGGGGCGAGGGGCGGGACGAGACGGGCGCCGCUGUGGAAGACAACAUGGGCGCCUGAAGCCGGAGCGAAGUCGGCUGCAGGCGCCGCGACGAGGGAGGCUGAGUUGAACCCGCCCCGCCGGACGCGGCCCGGUGGCCGAGCAGGAGGCGGCGGGCGGUGCGGGGACGGGACGGGGACAUGGCGGAGACCGACUCCGUGCACGCCACCAGGUUCGAGGCGGCCGUGAAGGUGAUCCAGAGCCUGCCCAAAAAUGGUUCAUUCCAGCCAACGAAUGAAAUGAUGCUCAAGUUCUAUAGCUUUUAUAAGCAAGCAACUCAAGGACCCUGUAACAUUCCGCGACCUGGAUUUUGGGAUCCAAUUGGCAGAUAUAAAUGGGAUGCUUGGAGUGCGUUGGGAGACAUGUCCAAAGAAGAAGCCAUGAUAGCUUAUGUUGAAGAAAUGAAAAAGAUUCUUGAGAGUAUGCCAAUGACGGACAAAGUUGAAGAAUUACUACAAGUAAUAGGCCCGUUCUAUGAAAUAGUAGAAGAUAAAAAGAACAGAGGAUCUGACCUAACCUCAGUUCAAAUGGAGAAAGUCUCUAAGUAUUUGGAAGACCUUAGUAAUGUCAUGAAUUCCACUCCAAAUAUAAAGGCUGUGAAUGGAAAAGCUGAAAGUAGUGAUAGCGGAGCAGAAUCGGAAGAAGAAGGGCUGCGUGAAGAGGAGGAAAAAGAACUGCAGCUAAAUGGAAGUGACUAUAAGAGUGUGAAACCAGAAUUGGCAGCUGUUAAGGAUUUGGAAAGUGUUGUUACCAAUGGCUGUUGCAAAGACGGCUUCAUCCCAGAUCUGCAGAAUGAUAUCCAGACCAAAUCUGCCCUGAAUGGCUUGAACCCAGAGGAAGAAAUAAAGAAAACAGAGCCAAGCCCAGAAGUAGCUAAUAACAGUGCUCCCCAAGGUGCAAAUGAAGAGAAUACUGAAGAGGCCUCAGCAACUCAGCACUUAACCAGUGACUCAGACAGUGAAGUUUAUUGUGACUCUAUGGAGCAACUUGGCCUAGAAGAGCCCUUGGAGAUCAUCACAUCACCUAAAGGAUCUUUAAAGCAUUCAUCCCAUUUCUUGGAUGUAGAUCACAGUCUUCUGUUAGAAAAUACAGAUUUUCCAAGGCAUGCUUGCAUGACUUAUGGAAAUACUGUAGAGGAAGCAGCUCAAGAACAAGGUGAAGUCAAGUGUGGAGGAGAAGAUGGCAAAGCCAGUAAUGGAGGACCUCACAAGGAGAAGAAAGGUGGAGAAAAAGUGGAUUUCUACAAUGUCAGAAGAGGGAGAGGGCAUAGACUUCAGCCUGUAGGAGAUGGUUCCCAAGGCGGACAGAUGGGUGGUGGAGGGGACGGAGAGCGCUGGGGGUCAGACCGAGGACCCAGGGGCAGCCUCAAUGAACAGAUCGCAGUGGUGCUGAUGCGGUUGCAAGAAGACAUGCAGAAUGUCCUUCAGAGGUUGCAUAUGCUGGAGACGGUUACAGCAUCACAGGCAAAAUCUGCGACAUUACAGUCAAAUGAUCAUCCUGCCUCCUCUGUCAAGAAACCAUCGUGGUGGCCCUUUGAAAUUUCUCCUGGUAUUUUAGCUUUUGCUGUUGUAUGGCCGUUUAUUGCCCAGUGGUUGGUACAUGUGUAUCUUCAAAGAAAGCGAAGAAAACUGAACUGAGAAUUUGUGACUUUGCUUAAAGACUGCUAGAAGAUAAGAUGGCCCUGGAAAGGAAUUCUGAAUUCUCACAGAAACUCAGGAUCUGGGAUUAUGUUCCUUCUGUUAUAGUAAUAUUUUGUACUACCUUUGAGCUAAACAUUUAAGGACUAACAUUAUUGAAGCUUGAAUGAUUCACAGCUCCUAGGGUACAAGCAAAAUAAAUUUAAUAAUUCCAUCCUCAAAACCACAUGAACAUUAAUCAUUUUGGAAUGUGCUUGUGGAUGGGCCUUCGAUAAUUACUGGUCUUGCUGAUGUCAGAUGAUGAAGAGAAGAUCAUCUUUGUAAAAGAAUACGUGAAAAAUAGGUAAAGCUGUCACUUUAAUGUAGAGAUAAUUUUACAAUUGCAACAUCCCUCCCUGUUUUUCCACAGAGUUACAUAUAACUAAAUGAAAGCACUAAUAAAGUUUGAAUUCAAUACAUUGUAAAGCUGUUGGAAAAACACAAUAUAGCGCUGAGGAAUUCAACUGGUUAUUUUUGCUGCUAAACCAAUGUGGGGCAAACAUCCCUGUAAAUUGGUGAGAAGUGAAGCUGGAUGCUUCGCAUCCUUUAAAAUUGUAAAGGAAAGAUUUGGGAAUUGAUACAGUCUUGCACGUUAGAGCCCUUAGUAACAUAGGGACUGUCAAAUGGAAGUUUGGAACCUGUGUGUGGGACAAGGGAUCCACCUAAAGAGGCUGCACCUUAUAUUUUUAACUUUGAUAAUUGUAUUUUUGUUGACAACAGCUUGUUUUAAUGGAAGAACAGUUUAAGCACAAGGUGCUUUAAAAUUAGGUGAAAGCACUGUAAGUGUUAUCUCUAAGAUGCUUGAAAAGCUCAGUGCUCUGUGAGUUUUCUGUUGUUGGUUUAUGUCAAAUUAAAUUAAGAUUCAAUCUAGCCCUAAACCGUCGUGGACUUUUUCCAACAUACAUUAGGAAAAGUAUCAGUUGUGGUAUUUCCUUCUCCCUUCUCCUUCCUUUCACAACAAAACUUCUAAGCUAAUUUUGGUGCUGAUUUUUUUUCCACUGAAUAUUUAUUAAUCAAUCUACAGAUAGAGUUAUGACCUUGUGAAGUUUGCUUGAUUAAAGCAUGCUUUACAUUUUAUUUUAAAAUAAAUUAAUAUAUUAGUUGUCUAAGUCUCUGGAAAAUGGAAAUGCACUAAAAUUAGAUUUGACAGAAAACUAAGACAUUCAUUUGCAAUAAGGAAUUCCAUCAUAACAUAACGCAUGCUUAAGAUCUGAAUCUUCAGACGUGUCACCAUAUUAUGGAUGUGAUUUCAUUCCCUGUCUGGACUAUAUAUUACAGAUUCUUCAGGAAAGUUUAUUUUCUGUCCUUCCUGAAAAUCUUUUAUACUUUGGUAAACACUUUUCAUACAAGGUAUACUGUAUAAAAAUGUAAUCACAGAAUUUAAUGUUUGUUUUACCAGAGCAAUUCUACUAUUGUUUUUAGUUGGGUUUUUUUUUGGUUUUUCUAAGAAUUAUUUUCCCCCUUCUGAUUUUCUUAUUGUAAAGCUGAAUUAAACAAGGAAAUAAUGAGCAGCUCUUUGAAGAUUGCUGUUUCACGUGCCAGAGAUGAGCUUUGGCAUGAGAUAUACUGAAAACUCAGGUUUGAACAAAGCUUAUGGUGGAAGGGAAGUUCUGCUGUGACCUGAAGCCAUGGUGCCUGCAGCUUGAAGUCCCUGGAGUGACUGACUUCUUAUCAUAGAAUGAUAGAAACUAUCAUACAGGAAGACUACUCCAGCUUGAAGGUCACUUUGACAAAAAGCCCCCGCAGCAGUAUGUCUCCUCCAUCACCCAUAACCACCUCACCUCUAGGUGUCUGGCUUCUAGAGAUGGUACAGGCCUUCCCAAAGGUACUUAACUGUUAACUUCCCCCAAAGUACAUGUAGGCAAAUGCCACCCUUGUUAUUUAUUCAUAUUUCAAUAAAUCAAUCCCUUAA